GUACCGUUCACUCAGGCUCAGCUCAGCUCACCGGGGGCCGUGUCCGCCGCGUCUCCCUCCCGCGCGGUCACCGGCGAACUCGCCGCGCGGCGGCGUUGCCUCCCUCCCCGGAACCACCAAGCAGUGUCGCGCAGGGUUCUCCUCCCCGAUAUCGCUCUUCCCCGUGCCCGAUGCCGCCAUAACCAAAACCCUAAAGCCCUGAACCCCCCGAAACAAUCAUAUGGAUGAGCUCGUGUCGGCGGCGCUGGAGGAGGUGUGCGCGCGCCUCGCGCCGGGGAUCCACGUUGCGGACCUCUGGCCCGCGCUCCGCGGCGCGCUCGAUGUCGCGGGCCUCCCGCUCGGCCCGCCCGUCAAGCGCGCCCUGUGGGCCCGCCUCCUCGCGCUCCACGUCGUCAAUCUCGUGGGGGGGGAUGGGGAUGGGGCGCCCGUCCCGGCCGGUGACCCCGCGGAGAAGGACGUGGAGGAGGCCGAGCGGCGGGGCGUGCGGCUGGUGGCGAGCGCGGCGAUCAGGGACAACUUCCUCGGGAUGUAUGAACGCAGGUUCGCGAAAACGGAGCUGAGUGCCGUUCAGAAGGCGACAUUGGAGUGUGUUGCAGCAAGCAGGACUUCUGGUGUAACGCAGAAUGAUCUCUGCAAAAUUUUUAAAAUGAAAGGAAACAAUUUCCAUUUUAUUGUAAAGAGUCUUGAAUCACAGCGGUUAAUUGUUAGACAAUCAACUAUCAUAAAGAUGAAAGACCAUGGAGCUGAUAGGGAAGAUGCCUCACAGAAUAAGCAGGUUAUCAAUACCAAUUCGCUAUAUCUCUCUCGAUAUGCCAAAGACUUGAACAUGACUUCACAACAAAGAAUUGAGAUUACAAAGCCAGAGCUACUACUGAGCAAUGAAGAGACCAAUGUAGAUGCUUUGCAAGAAGAUGGGACUUCUGGUGUUAACUCCAAGAAUGAUAUAUCUAUUCAUGAUUAUCUUCCAGCAAUGAAAGCCAUAUGUGAUAAACUUGAAGAAGCUAGCGGAAAGGCUCUUGUUGUGUCAGAUAUAAAAGUCGAUCUCGACUACAGAAUGGCAUAUGGGCACAGAGCAUGGAGAAAUGUAUUGCAUAGGCUAAGAGAUGCACAACUUGUUGAAAUAUUUGAUGCUCAAGUUGAUGAUAAGGUCGUCCGCUGUUUGCGACUGCUGAAAAAAUUUGAUCCAAAUGAGUUUCAGCCGAAAAGUACAGCAUCAACUUACAAAUUUGGCAAACAAGGUCAGGCCACUGAUCAAGUUCUGGAACUUCCAUUUGAGAACUGUAUAUAUGAUAUGAUCAGUGCCCAAGGGACAAAAGGCAUAACACUUGUUGAGAUCGGCAAACGUCUUGGACACAACAAUUCCAAAAGGCUCCAUAAACGAGUAUCAUCCAUGCUCAAAAAGUUCAAUCUAACUUGGGAAGCAGAAGUUCCAGACAAGACAUCACAGUACCGAGUUUGGACUUCAAAAAACUUCUCACUCUACAAAGCUGGUACUGCUCUGCAAAAUUUUGGGGCGCUGUCAGAAGAUUGUGAUGAUUGUCCAGAUUUGUGGUCCCUAGUUCCAUCGAAAGAAUUGGAUUCUUCUAGCCCACAUGGCAAUUUACUCUUGCUUGAACAAGAGAGCCACGAUGAACCAAUCGAACAUCAUAUCCAGAACGACCUUGAUGCUUCUGCUAGAGUUUGUCAAUUAGUUGAAGAAGAUAAAGUUGCUUUGGGUCAGAGGAAGAGGCGUCGGAGCCGUCCAUUAACUUCUGAUGAUCAACGCCAUAGAAGGAUUCUGCACAUGUUAAAGAAGAAGAAAUUUGUACUAAAGGUGGAGUUACAUAAAUGGUUAGAGCGGCUUGAAAAGAAGGACGGAAAAAUAAUGGACAGGAAGACAUUGACUCGCACAUUGAAUAAGCUUCAGAAAGAGGGAAGUUGUAAAUGUAUCAAAGUUAGUGUUCCUUUGGUCACAAAUUAUACUCGCAGUCGUCUCAUUGAUGUAGUACUGCAUUCUUCUGUUGGAGAAUUGUCACCGGAACUUGUGGAUCAAUUUAGGAUCAGGCAAAGGAACUUUGAUACUGAAUCUCGUGCAGUUGCAGCAGCUAAAGUGAAGCAAAAUCAACAUAUGACUGCCAUACCUGGUCUGAGGAUUUCACGCAGAGUUAAUGUUUAUAAACCAUUACUACUAGAAGCUAUGUAUGCUAAUGGAUUCAUUAAUGCAAAGAUGAUUCGGGCAAAGCUUUUGCAUAAAUUUCUGUGGGCAUAUGUCAAUGCUUCUCCAGAUUGGUGCAGUGCGUUUGGUUGUGCCAAAGAAGGCCAUUAUGAUAAGAGCUUUAAUCAAUCAUACCUGUUAUUUUCAAUGGAAGCAGCUACAAAAGAAAUGCCUCUUGAACUCUUUCUACAAGUUGUUGGAUCAUCAAAGAAGAUUGAUAACAUGAUAACUUGGUGUAGGCUUGGAAAAACACUUUCAGAAAUUCCUACCGAGGAAUACAACCAGCUCAUGGAUACCCAUGCCAAGGGCCGACUCUCACGUUUAAUAAAUAUUUUAGACAAGCUCAAGUUGGUUCAGUUUGCAAAAGAAUUCGUAGAAGAUGGUGGUGUACCUUCAGAUGCGAUUCCUACACAUUCGAUGGAGCUCAGGCCUUACAUUGAAGAACCUAUACCAAGAAUUCUUUCAUCGUCCCAACUGAACAAUCAUCGAAAAAUUCGGCAUGAUUUUGUGCUUUUAAAGCAGGAGUACGUCGAUGCCUAUUGGGAAACAUUGGAGUGCUGUUAUUUGACAGCUGGCUUGGCUGAGCCGUUGAGUGCCUUCCCUGGCUGUUCUGUUCCUGAGGUUUCUCAUCCUCGUUCAUGGAGUUCACUUAGAGUCAUGACUACUGAACAACGACUGGAAUUGCAACAGCGUAUUAUGAAUGUCAGCGAGAAGGGGAAAAUUCCUUUUAAAGAUUGUGUUAGAAUAGCAAGGGAAUUGAAUCUCUCUGUAGAGCAGGUGCUUCGCCUUUCAUAUGAAAGGCAAUCUCGGCUUCGUGAACAGCCCAGCAUUACUGCUAAACAAAAGCAGCAAAAAGUUAGUUCUAGAUUAACUUCCGAGAAAAGAAAGAGAUCUGCUGAUGAGAUCACGCAGAAGUUUUUUAAACGAAAAGUACAAGCAAGUGGAUCUGUCGAACAAAUACCGGACCAGUCUACUCUUGAUGAGGAAGUACCAGAGACAAUCUCUUCAUCACCCACUGACCAAACAAACCGAAGUGAUCAGCCGGUGUCCAGAACUAGCAGUAGUUCCACAAACCAUGCAGAUGAAGAUAAGGAAAGCAGUCCAGUGAUCAGUCGAUCUACUAUCCUAAGAAAAAGCUGCAUGAGAAGUAAAAGAUUCUUGUGGACGUAUGAAUCUGAUAGAAAAUUGCUGAUGAUAUACAUUAGAAUGCGUGCAAUACUUGGAGCAAGAUAUUAUCGUGUAGCUUGGAACUCUCUCUCUGAUCUUCCAGCUCCACCAAAUACAUGUCGUAGAAGGAUGGCAAUACUAUUGAAGGGAAACGAAAACAUAAGAGGAGCUGUGAUGUGUAUAUGUAAUCUUCUUGGGAAACGUUAUGCUAGAUACCUUGAAAAGGAAAGGAGAUCGAAAAAGAGAAGAUUACUUCCCCAGAUUUCAAAAAGUAGUAAUGAAACUAAUUUGGAUUCAGAUUCUGAGAAAUUCAAUUGGGAUGACUUCGAAGUUCCGGAAAUAAAGAGUGCACUUAGUGAAGUCCUUGAAUUAAUUCGGACAGAAAAAGUGGACCAGACCAAGAGAGUUGGGGCCAAGAAUGAAAAGAACAAUAAUAAUGAUAGUGAUGUCACAAAGGACACAAGAAGUUCGCAGGAACUAUUGAAUAAUCAGGCUACACGAGGUAAAACCAAAACUCCAGUUCCAGAAAGUGGGUUCUGUGAUCAGGAAAAAAUGUGCAGACAUUCAAAUGAAGUCCAACCAAGUGAAAGCAUGGACAUUCACUGCAAACCUCAAGAAAAAAUCAUUAAGGACCACAGAAAUAAGAUUAUUGAAAGAGGUUUACGGGAAUCCUUGCCCGUUGCAAAUGCAUUGGAGCUUUUGAAGUUAGUAUUCCUCAGCAGAUCAUCAGGAUCAGAUGUACAAGCUUCACUAGCAGCAACCCUGCAGCUUUAUUCAGAGAGUGAGAUUUUUACUGCAGUUUCCCUUCUGAAAGAAAAAAAUUUCUUGGUUACUGGGAGUGGUGGGAAGCCAUACACCCUUUCUUCAAAAUUCUUAACCAAUGCUUGUAUUUCACCCUUCCCAUUUGGUUCAGGGAAAAAGGCUUCUGAAUUUUCUAAUUGGCUUAUAGCGCAGCAAAAGAAUGCUACAGACAAUGGAGUUUAUCUGUAUCCAGAUAUACAAUGUGGAGAAAUCGUUCAUCUUUUCUCCCUGGUUUUGUCGGGAAAGCUGUUCGUUUCACCUUUCUUGCCUAGUGAAGGAGUUGGCGAGGCUGAGGAGCCUAACAGCUCUAGUCCUCUAGUCGUAGACACCAGCGGAUUGGUUGACAGCACUCAGAAGCGCAAGGCUGAUACAAUGAAACAAAAAAGUGGAAAGGCUAAGAAACACAAGCCUUUGCCAAAGAUAGAAAGUGACUUUUGCUACCGCCGGGAGAAAGGAUUCCCUGCUAUCCAAGUUGGUCUAGAUCUUGAGAGAAUUCAAACAAGCAAUAACAUGCAAGAAUUACAUGAUAAAGAAUGCCUUGUUUUUACUUCAAGCAGGGCAAUGAGUAACAAGGAUGGUGAUUUGCAUGCAGAAAGAUGCAUCAUGCCAUCAUUUUCAAAUCACUCAAGUACAUAUAGGCAUUUAUUGUCUGAAUCUCAGUUGGAAGACUCUUAUUGUGGAUGGCCAUGGGAUGCUAUGAAAAAUUAUGUGGAAGAGUUACCAUCAGUAUCAGAUCACCAAAAGGAAUCGUUCACAUGGUCUUCUGAUCUGUUCAGGAAUGCAUUUUGUGUUAUUCAUAAAGCUGGCGAACAAGGAGUUACUUGGAAAGAAUUGUCACAGGCACUGCAUCCAUUAGCCAUGCAAUUUGUCUAUAGAAUUGUUGAUACGCUCAAGAGAUUUCAGCUGGCCAUUAAGGUCAAUGCAUAUGAUGGUGUUCAGAUCGUGGACUCGUUGCAUUUGUCAAAGUAUCAUAUAACCACACUUGCAGAAUGCAAUCCUUGCAGCUGCUCAGGUCCUCCAACUUCUCAAGUUGUGGAUAAUGGAGACCCCAAAAAUCUACUGAAAGAGAAGCAUACCAUACCUAUUAAUUUUCAUGGGCCUAUAAAAAUGCUUGGUGAUGGGCACACGGUGACCGUAAUCAAUGUUCAAAGCAAGUUGAGCUCACCUCAUAUUUACAGCAAAAAUCCUGGGGAUGACGAAAGGCUAUCUACUUCAAGAGAAGACAAUAAGGAGAGUAGUUGCUAUCAUGAUUGCGAAGGGCAUAUUUAUCAGCCUAUAUUACCAUGGAUAAAUGGUGAUGGUAGCACUAAUAGCACUGUCUAUGAAGGUUUAAGUCGCCGGGUUAUUGGUUAUGUCAUGCACUAUCCUGGAGUAAUGGAGGAAGAUAUUAUCCAUCGGAUGGAUGUAUUGAAUCCUCAGACUUGCCGGACCCUGUUGGAGAAGUUGAUACUUGAUGGGCACCUUAACGUUCGGGUGUUCGAAGAACCUGUGCCUACAGCUCCGACCAUGCUGCAGGGCCUGUUCAAGCAAGACCCCAGUAAAGAAGCAUCCAAGUGUAGAAAGCGCUUCUUCGCUAAUCCAAUGAGCACAUCCCUGCUGUAAGAGGCAAUGGGCUUGUUCUAAAUUCACAGUCGUGAGGGGAUCAUGGUACGGAAUGCAGGAAUGCUUAAAUGCUACCCUCUCCGGAAGUUCUAUCAAUAGUGCUUAUCAAACUGGGCCAUCGCUUUGUUCAUUGCUCAGGCCGGUGUGUCAUUUCCUCCAGGGCCUGGCAAUUAGCAUAGUCACGCCGUAGGUGACUGGGCCAUCGCUCUGUACGAAUACUGCAUCCACCGAGUCUUUAUGUUAGCAUCCCGUUUCUCUGGUGCGGAAGACACAGGAGAAUCAUCAUGCCUAACGUCACUCCUCACUAUGAAAAUUGAGAGGCGAUGCGUCUGCUCAAUCAAAAGUGAGACUCUGAUGUUAGUGUGCAUUAUCGAAGGAUAUAAUCCUUUGGGAUUGCUUUAGAACGCCGGCGUGCUGGCGUGAACCGAAGUAUUUUGGUUGUCGUUUUCCAUCCCAAGGAACGAUGACGGUGAUCGAGUCAGGGUGCUACCACCUUGCCCACUGCACUUAGACCUGAUUGAUUCAUUGAUAGUAACCUCUGUAAUUCUCGCUGCUUUGGUCGUUUUCCACACUUGCAGAGCAUCUACAAAGCGGAAGACCACCGACCUGAUUCAUCCUCCCUAAUCCCUCCCAUGCUAAAUUUGGGAACCAUCACUAUUAGGUCAACUUUCACCACUUAUAACGACGGCAAUGGUGUUUAUGUUUCUGCUAUC